AUGCCUCCUCCGCCUCCUCCACCUCCGCCGCCGCCGCCUGGUGGUAUGGGUGGCCCUCCUCCCCCGCCUCCACCUCCUCCAGGAGGUCUUCCUGGGCGUCCUGCAGCAGGAGGAGUUGGCAGAGGCGCUCUCUUAUCGGACAUUGCCAAAGGCAGAGCUCUCAAGAAAGCUGUAACUAAUGAUCGUUCGGCGCCCAUAGUUGCAAGCACCUCAAACUCCUCUGCCGGUCCACCUGUUGGUGGUGCACCUCCUGUUCCAGGCCUCGGCGGUGCUCCCAAGCCUCCAGGAGGAUUAGCACCCCCAGGCUCAGUAAACCGAGCGAGGAGUAACAGCGACCAAGCAUCUCGCGACUCGGUAGUAGGCGCAGAUGUGCCGCAGUUAGGUGGUCUUUUCGCCGGUGGAAUGCCCAAGUUGAAGAAGAGGGGAGGAGGAGUCGAUACAGGUGCCAAUACCGAAUCUUCGUAUCGAUCGGAUCCUGAGCCGAGCACCUCCGCGCCAAAGCCUCCUGCUGGAUCGGCUCCGCGACCACCUUCAGCAGCUGCGCCAACGAUUCCUGGGCGAGCUCCAGUACUACCUCCAGGAGGAGCAGCGGGCUUGAGAAAGACAACGCCAAUAGGGUCAAAACCUCCACCACCUCCUAUAGGAAAGAAGCCGCCUCCUUUGCCAACGUCGCGGAAGCCUUCGUCUAUGUAUAUACCACCAUCCACGACCUCACCAUCAUCGGCACCUCCCGCUCCUCCGCCACCUCCUCCAUCAAGCAGUGCGCCAGCUCCUGCCGCACCACCACCUCCUCCACCUUCGGCCGCACCCCCUUUGCCCGGUCAUUCGCGAGCUUCAGUACCCCAUCCACCGCCUCCUGGAUCGCAUCAUUCGCCGCCAUCUCUUGCUGCGCAAGCUACAAUUCGUGCCGCAGGUCAAGUAUCUCCAGUCUCCGCGCCUCCUCCCCCUCCUCCCGGAUCGGCGCCAGCACCUCCAAGUGCGCCUUCGCCUGCUCCGUCAAGAACACGUUCUCGAGGCUCGUCUCUUCGGCAGUCAAUGCUGGAUCCAAGUAUGUUCACAUUGACAGCCAACGGCGCCCAAUCCACAAGCCCCAAGGGUUCACCCGCGCAAACGCCUGGUGUCGGCGGUGGGGGCCGGGUUGUUAUCAGCGAUCCAAGAUGGCAGUUCAAAGACGAGGGCUUGUUCCCGAAACCAAGAGACUUUAUGGGUGGAACGAGAAAAUACAGAGCAGGAAGAGGAAGCAGCGUACCAUUGGACUUGAGUGCUCUAUGA